AAACCGUAAAUGAAUAAGAUGAGUUGGCUUCUGGGAAUAGAUGACUUGAGAUCCCCGAGUCAGAAAUUUUCAGAAGCUUUCGGUGAUUUGUGUCUUUUCAGAAGUUCUCAGAAUCGGAAAAUAAAGCACGUAUUUACUUUUGGAACAACAUAGGUACGAUGAAUGAAAACCAAAUUGUUGUUAGGCAUGAAUCAGAAGGUGGCAAGACUCCCACAACGCGUGACGAAUCACAAGAUGUUAGUACGAUUACAAAGACCAUUAAAGGCCGUGGUCCGUCAAAAGGUGUUAAAGUCGCUAAGCCUAUGUUCCUUGAGUAUAAUGUAUAUAAUGUCCCCGAUGGACAAUGGUCUCAUGAAUACGGGAAGCAAGUUGGGAGUUGUGCUACUAGAAUUAAUAUUAACGUCCCAUUAUAUCCAAAGGUAGAUGAGCAAAUCAAGAAGGGGUUUUGGGAGGAGACUAAGCUUAUGUUCCACAUUACUGAUGAUUCUAAUCAUUCGAGGGAGAAAUAUUUUCAUUCUUGUGUGGCGAAACGAUUUAGUUGUUUCAAGAGCAAGUUGGUGCGCCGAUGGAUAACUAUGAAGGAAAAGAAGCCAAAAAAUCAAACAAACAAGAUGCCUUGGGAUGUCUACAACCAUAUCACAGAGGAUGAUUGGAAGACUUUUGUUAAACAUUAUUUCCUGCCAGAGUCAUUGCUUCGUAGUGAAAAGGCGAGGAAAAGUGCAUCAUGCAACAAGAACCCACAUCGCACCGGCCAAAAGGGUUAUAAUAGAAAGCGACUAGAUUGGAUAAAGGAUGGACGACUUCCACCAGAUGCAGCUUUACCUAUCUCGAGUAGCUCCUCGGUGAACUCAUCAGUGACCUCAAAUGUUAAUAGAGUUAGAAAAUACAGAUCAAAGGAGUGGAUUUUGGCCCAUCAAGUACAAAAUAAAGAGGGAAAGUGGGAAAUUGACCCGAACGAUACAGAAGUUGUUGAAAUCGCAACAAAAGCUUUAGAGUACAUCGCAGAAAAGGAAAAAGGAAAUCUUUCUUUCGAACAGGGUGAGGAUGCCCUCACUAAAGCUAUAGGGAAAAAAGAUCAUCGUGGGCGUGUCAAGGGAACAGGUGGCAUGGUUGGUAUCAAAAAGGCUUUCGGUCCGUGUAUUCGACAUAGUAGAAGUGACCAUGGUGAAGCUUCAUCAGAAAAUUACGAAUCAAUCAGAGCUUCUGUGAAAAAGGAGUUUGAAGGUGAAUUAGAGAAAAGGGUAGAGAAGAGGGUGGCAGAGGCCCUCCAAAAGCAACUAAGCACCUUGUUAAAAACAGGACAACUAAACUCCAUUUCUAACCCGAUACCUGAUGACCUCCACUUAAAUGAUUCUGCCAGAGUUGACCUUGAUGUUAGUGCUACAAGAACCACUCGUCACAUCUUAGUGCCGCAACCACGCGAGCUAAAGGAAAGGACUCCAUGUCGUCUUGCCCUUGAGGAGAAAGUUUCAGGCAACAACAUUGUCGUGGCGGAUGGUAUGGUACAACCCUCAGAUGGUGCAUUGCCCCAACAUUUUACAUCGAUGAAGCCUGGUCACUAUAAAGUCCAAGUUGAUUUUGUUUACGACUGA